CUUACUUCGUACACACCUUGGGUACAUCCUCGGGUGCCGCAACAAAGCGCCAUUACUCCCCAAUGCAAACCCCAAAAACAGCAUAUUACCACCUCCGUCGUCCUUCGCGCCUAGACGAGAGCCAACCCUCAUAACCAUGGAGAACGGCACACCAACCCAGGGCGAGGGCAAGGACCCUGCUGGAUUUUUGAGCGAGAUUAUUGGGAAUCCCGUCACGGUCAAGCUCAACUCGGGCGUAGUCUACAAGGGCGAGCUGCAGUCUGUCGACGGAUACAUGAACAUUGCUCUCGAAAAGACCGACGAGUAUGUCAAUGGCGUCAAGCGCCGAAACUACGGCGACGCAUUCGUCAGAGGCAACAACGUCAUGUACAUCUCAGCCGAUUCUUAGGAAAAAAUGAUGGCUUCCGGGUCUAGACUGUAGUAGAUGGAGAAGAGAGCCCUCCCUCGGGGGUCAGAAACUCGUCGAGUUGGCACUUUUUUUUAACAGGCAGUG